AUGACGGACACCACGUGUGCCCUAAACUCCAUGAGUGAAGCACCUAACAUCCUGCAGUGGCUGGUUGCCCUAUUUGACACCUUCUGGGAAAAGCUGAGUGACAGGAUGUCGCAGCCAGUUCCUGAGAUCAAACCACCUCCACACCUGUUGCGACGCACACAACGCCGACCAUACCGCUUGAGGCGAUGGAGGCCCUUUCGGAACACCUCAUGA